AUGUUGAAGAAAUCAUAUCCGGCUCUUUCCCUCAGAAUACGGCCAAUAUUUACACCACGAGGUGACGUAUCGCACCUCUCCGUGUCUUUUACAGUUCCCAAAUCGGCCCUAACAGGCUCGAAUCCUCACUUGAACUAUACGACCUGGUUUGGCAACUUUGCCGCCCAUCCCUACACGGAAUCUGACAUAUAUGCCACGGACACUGUCGGGCGCCUGCCCUUUAUAUUUGUGGACGAAACCAGUACACUGCAACAAUGGCGCCUCGGCAGAGAUCCCGUCAGCGACUUGACUAUUAAGAUGGACGUCUUCCCGCGCAAGGUCGAUAUCCAUACUGCGCCCGGUCCAAGAGUCGACUUGCGUUUUGAUCAGGGAGGCCUUGUCGGGACCGGUGCCUGGUUUUUGCCUGAAGUGGCUCAAGGCAGCUUUUAUACGCAUAGUGUAGAGUGGGAUUUGUCCACGGCACCGCCUGGGACACGCGCCGUCUGGACGUACGGAGAGGGGCCUCGGCGUGUCGAGCAACAUGGCACCGUUGACACCUUUGCGCGCUCUGUCUUUAUGGUUGGACCUAUCCAGAGCUCUCCUCCUGGGCCGCGGCUGCGUUCUUCGCCCGGUACUUGUACUACCUACUGGUUUGGGAAUCUCCCACCGAUUCUGCAACGUGUCAAGGGUUUCAACACGGAACUAUACACGCCGAUGGCCGACUUUUUCCAAGACUUGAGUGGAUCGUAUCGCGUUUUCAUUCGAACCGCCCCCCGCGGUUGGGGGGGCUCUAGCUUUCUCAGCAGCUAUAUCCUCGAAUACAGCAAUUCCAUUUUGGAUGUUGCAGAUGAAGAAGUCACGGGCCUGCUGGCGCAUGAAAUGGUGCACAGCUUCACGGCGUUGAGCAAUGAGGAAAACGGGGACGAGAAUGCCUGGUACAUUGAAGGUAUUGCCGACUAUUACGCAACUUUCCUGCCAUACCGCUUCGGCCUCGUCCCACCGUCCUAUGUUACUACGAGGGUCAACGCUAGUCUGUACCGAUACUAUGCUAACCCGGAGAUUAACAUUUCCAUGGAUGAUGCAUUAAAAUACUUCUUUACGUCCUGGUAUUCCGAGUGGAUACCGUACGAUCGUGGGUUUGCCUAUCUUCUCUUGGUAGAUGACCAGUUACGGCGUCUGCCUGGUCAGCCAGAUUCAAAUUCCUCUGGUCUCUUCGACCGAAUUGUUCUGGACAUUUCAGCCAGAUGGCGGCGCGGUGAAAAGGUGCAGCAGAAAGAUUGGCUUGCAAGCAUCGAGUACUUUUUGCAAGGCAGAGUCGACUGCGCUGCUCAGUUACAGGCCGUCUUGGCUGGGAGACCCAGCAUCAACCUCGCAGGGCGGCGUGUAGGAUCGACGAGGAAUGUGCUUCGCGAAACCAGACAGCCCGUGAUUCAGUUUGGGUAUAGCAGACUAUCUGCAUCGAGACGUAUUGUGGAAGGCGUGGUGUCUGGGUCGCAUGCAGAGCGUGCUGGCUUGCGGAACGGCGAUGUGAUUAUCAGUACGGGAUCUACGACGGAGGCUGCACAGGAUCCCCUUGCAAAGUAUUAUGUGGUCGUUAAUAGGGAUGGUGAGGAAAUUCGCAUCGAGUACUCUCCACCCUCUAAAAUCUAUAUUCUCCAAUAUUUUCUCAUCCAUGACCGAGGUGGAGCAGGGACCAGCCUGGCGAUGGACAUGCUACCGUUCCGGGUGAGCAGCAGCCACCCCGACGCCCGCGCGGCCUUGACGGCGUUUGCCUCGCCGCGCAGCGACGCCGCGCUCCUGACCAGCCUGCCGCUCGUCGAGCCGGGCACAAACCGAUGGAUCCUCGACGACGAGCACGUCGCCGCCUGGCUGGCCGGCGGUGACGGCCGUCCCGACUCCGACUCCGACGCGAGGAGCUGGGUCGCACCGGGCCUGGCCUCGACAGUGCCGACCAUAGACAAGCUCUGGCUCUACGGGCCGUCGGGCUCUGGCCGGACGCUUCUGGCGGCGACCAUGGUGCGUCACCUCGCGCGGCGGCUCCCAGACGAGCCGCGACAAGCCGUGGGCUACUACUUUGCGAGCGACAGCCCGGCGGAGAACGAGACCGUCGCGUGUCUCCGGGCACUUGUUGCGCAGUUGGCGCAACAGAGCGAGGCCGCCCACGACGAGUUUCGAAACUCUGUCAGGCUCGGAGCCUUGCCGUCUGUGCCGCACGAGCCCGUAGACGGAGUCGUCGCGCGUCUUUUCAACGCGGAGGGCCCUGCAGACCUGGGCCAUCUGCUGGAGGCCAUGUCUCGCCACUUUGCUAAGGUGUUUCUGGUGGUUCGCGGCGUUGAUUACAUGGAGGCGGCGCUCGCGUUGCAGCUCGCGGCCAUGGCGGACGCACCGGGCUCGACGAUCAAGACGGCGUUUACGUCCAGCGACGGCGGCGGCCAGCAGCAGGCUUGCAUGGAGACGGUGUCGUGUCCCGUCGAGGUCGCGGCCGCGCAAGACGAGCUGUCUCUCUAUGUGCGCAACGAAAUGGAGCGACGAAUACAACAAGGUGACACCUUCUUGGAGCCCGAGUCACCACGCAAGGAAAUUGAGGAAUAUAUAUUGAGAAAUAACCACGGCUCGUGA